UCCGUCCCCUGUCCUUCCCCACGUGUUUCCAGGCUAUUCAGUCCUUCACUCUGCUGGAGAUCAGGCCGCCAUGCUGAAGUCCCUGAGCCGUGCUGUGAGCGUCGCCGCUCGGCUUUCUACCAAAGCCCCGGCCGCCAGGGCCGCGCUGGCGAGCCCGGCCCUGUGCGCUCCCAGCUCGGCCUCCACUCGGCCUUUUACCCGCUCCAUCUGGAUGCUGUGCAGCAGUAACGGCGCGACCUCGGGCAGCAGGCCGAAGCUUCUGAGCACGGAGCGGGGGCUGCCGGCGGUGCCCUGCGGCUGCGGGGGUCUCCACACUGAAGGCGAUAAAGCGUUUGCAGAAUUCCUCUCAGAUGAAAUUAAAGAGGAGAAGAAGAUCCAGAAAAGUGCAACUCUUCCCAAAAUGUCUGGAGGAUGGGAGCUCAAACUCAACGGCACAGAGGCGAAACUCAUUCGCUCCCUUUCUGGAGAGAGGGUGACCAUCACAUUCAACAUUAACAACAGUAUCCCCCCAACCCUGGAGGAAGAGGAGGAGCCAGGGCAUGGACAGAAGGCAGAGGAAAAGGAGCCUGAAAUCGUCUCGACACCUAACUUUGUUGUUGAAGUCCUGAAACAGGGGGCAAAAAAUGCCCUGGUGUUCGACUGCCAUUUCCCAGAAGAUGAGAUCGGUCAUGGUAAAGGGCAGGAGGAGAGCGAUAUCUUCGCAAUUCAGGAAGUGAGUUUCCAGCCUGAAGGAGAUGAAGACUGGAAAGAGACCAGCUACACCCUGAACACAGACUCUCUGGACUGGGCCCUGUAUGAUCAUUUUAUGGACUUCUUGGCCGACCGGGGAGUCGACAACACGUUUGCAAAUGAGCUGAUUGAGCUGAGCACAGCGCUGGAGCAUAAAGAGUACAUCCAGUUCCUGGAGGACCUCAGCAGCUACAUCAAAUGCAACUGAUGUCCGUAACUUUUGCACAGUCUCUAUAUUUCUCUCUAUUAUUCCAGCUAAUUUGAAAUACUAAUGUAAGGACAAAAUAAAGACAGUACCAGACAUGUUUUAUACUUUUUUAUAUUAUUUUGAAAUAAUUUAAACACAGUGUACAUUCUUUAAUGUGGAGUUUGACAGAUUUGUGUGUUAGCCUGUUGUUGCUCAGGUGGUUUACAGAAAUCGGAGACAUUUGAGAACAGCAGAUCUCCAGUGGCAGUUCAAUAUAGAUAAAUGGAUUUAGGGCUUGAUGUGUCUCAGAAAUCCUUAGAAAUUAUACAAAUGUAUAAAGCCACCCAGUGAUGUGUGAAAAUGAACAUUGUCCAGCCAUUAAGAAAUGUUAAAGAAAAACGUAUGUAUUUUUCUGAUACAGUUAUCAAUGAUGUUCUACAAAUAAUAUAAAAAAAUUGUACAUCA